AUGCCUACAGUGGCAUGCAAGGAGUCACGACAGCCACUGUCUUUCCGAGCUAACACCAGCAGCACGGCGCGAGUAACAGAGGCGAGCGAGCUGAGACUACAGCUCGAUGAGACGCGCAGGGAGAAAGCUGAGCUGCAGGCUCUCAUAUUGCAGCUCCAAACUCAACUGGAAUCCAUGCGCCAACAGUUGGUAGAGAGCUCGGAGCGUGUGGACCGACAGGCCAAAGAAGCACGCGAAGACUCCUUACGUCGCGAGAACUUUCUUCGAGAGAAAGUAGAUCGGCAAGCAAAGGAAAUGCGUGAGGAAGCAAGAAAAGAUCGAGAACUCAUUGCCAAAAUGAUGCAGUGCCAGCGUGAGCAGCCGAAUACACAAGAACGGCAAACGCGAAAGCAGCAGGAUCAGCAAUGUCAGCAACAAUCGUCACAGCCAUCGUCACAACAACAAAAGCCGCACCGCCAGGUAGUGAGCAACGAAGUGAAUGAAGGAGCAUCAACGUCGGCAGGUAUAGUUGAGGACCCAUUUACUGAGGUGGUUAAACGAGGGUCACGUCGCUGGCAAGAAAUUCGGGCAGAGCGCCGACAGCAACAGCAGCACCAACAGCAAUUGCAGACAACCUCGAUUGCGGGUGGACGGCUAUCGGUUGAUGAUCAUCAGCCACUGCAUCAAAAGAAUCUGCAGCAGCAGAGACUCGAGCAGUUCAACAAGGAGCAGCAUCGUCCAGCCCGUAAACAACCGGAUAAAAUCUUCGUGGCGCCGGCAGCUGGAGUGACGUACUUUACCCUGUACCAGAAGGUUCGACUGAAUCCGAAUCUGGUGGAGGAGAAUAGCCUGAUUCGUCGUGGAAAUCGUUCCUCAAGGGAUCACCUACGCCUCCUGCUGAAACAUGGUGCCGAUGCUGGAGCCCUCCUGGGCAAAAUACAAGAGGCCGUCGGCGAAAGCGGUACUGCACGUGUCGUAGCAGAUAUGGGGGAAGUCAUCAUACCAAACAUUGACAUGCUGGCUACGGAGGCAGAUAUCCGCAAGGCGCUUCAAAUUGCCUUGGAAAAAGAGGCGAUUCUGGCCUCGAUCAAUGUCUGGGAGCAGCGCGAUGGCUCACUACGUGCGCGUGUGAAAUUGCCUCGUAGUGACGCCAACUAUCUCAUCAACAAGCGGCUUAUAAUUGAUUUUUCUAGCUGCAAGGUGCGCGAAGCACCGAAGCCAUCUGCCGAGUCGCGUCGAUGCUUUCGAUGCCUUGAACGUGGUCACAUGGUCCGAGAAUGUCAAGGGACGGACCGAUCUAGUCUGUGUAUUCGCUGCGGUGCAGCUGAUCACAAGGCGGUGAACUGUCCUGUAUCGCCUACAGCCCUCUCGGACAGCGCAAGAACGGGAUCCGGUGGUAUUGGAGAGCGUUGUAUUGACGUUGUUUCCGCAGUGCAGCAGCUGGUACUCCUGCCCAAGCCGGGCAAGCCACCGGGGGAUCCAUCGUCCUUUCGCCCGAUCUGCCUGCUGGACAACGCGGGCAAAACGUUCGAAAGAUUGUUGCUGGAUCGCUUGAAUGAGCACCUGGAAGAUUCAGAUAAUCCACAACUGUCUGAAUACCAAUACGGUUUUCGGCGUGGGAGAUCGACAUUGCUGGCAAUCCAACAGGUGGUAAAUGCGGGCAGACGAGCCAUGUCGUUCGGGCGCACAAACAACCGUGAUCGGCGCUGCCACAUGGUUGUCGCGCUCGACGUGCGCAACGCGUUUAACACCGCCAGCUGGCAAUGUAUUGCUGAGGCCCUCAGGGAUAAAGGAGUUCCUCUGCAAUUGCGUAACAUUCUGCAGGAUUAUUUCACUGACAGGGAACUAACGUAUGAUACAACAGAUGGUCCCGUAACGCGUCGGGUCUCGGCCGGCUGUCCACAGGGAUCUAUAUUGGGUCCUACGCUUUGGAACGUCGGAUACGACGGCGUGUUACGGUUGGAGCUUCCUGAAGGUGCACAGGCAGUUGGGUUCGCAGACGAAUUGGCAAUUUUGGCGGCAGGAACCACGCCAGAAAACGAGGCAGCAAUUGCAGAGGAGGCAGUAGAAAGAGUGCACGCAUGGAUGCGACAACAUCACCUGCAAUUAGCACCAGAAAAGACGGAAUGCGUCUUGAUCUCCAGCCUCCGUCGAGGGCAUCCAGAGAUCCCGAUAAGGGUUGGUGGAGUUGAGAUCCGCUCCAAGCAGGCGAUACGCUACCUGGGGGUCAUGAUUUAUGACCACCUUCUUUGGCGACCACACGUGACGGUGGCAGUGGAAAAGGCCAACCGCGUUGUGAAGGUCGUAACCAACGUAAUGAGGAACCACAGCGGGCCCCGGGGAGCUAAGCGGAGAUUGCUUGCCGGGGUGUCUGAAGCGAUUAUUCGCUACGGUGCACCCAUAUGGGCUGAGGCCACGGAUCGCCAGUGGUGCCGGCGGAUGCUGGCAAGCGUCCAGCAACCUAAGGCGCAGCGAGUCGUAUGCGGAUUCAGAUCCAUGAGCUACAGCGUAGCUGUACUCAUGGCAAGGCUCAUCCCUCAUCACCUUUUGAUAAAGGAAGACGCGAGAUGCCACCAACGGUACUUCGCCGACCCGGAAGCAAGUCGUGCUGUCAUCCGACGUGAGGAACGCGCGGUGACGUUGGAGGUAUGGCAACGGGAGUGGGAUGCGAACGCAUCGAAUCCAGGAGCCAGCCGUUACGCACGUUGGGCACACAGAUUGAUCCCCGAGGUGCAUUCAUGGAUGGCACAGAGGCGGGGUGAGGUAGACUUUCAUCUUGUCCAGAUACUCUCGGGACACGGAUUUUUACGAGAGUUUCUGCAUGUAUGCGGCUUCGCUCCAUCCCCAGAAUGCCCGGAAUGCACAGGCUCGGUUGAGUCAGUGGUUCACGUGUUGUUCCACUGUCCGAGGUUUGCAGAGGUUCGGUGCGACCUACUGGAGAUGGGAGUGGACGGUUCUAUAACAGAGGAGAACCUCGGACAAAUGUUGCUGAAAAGUUCAGACUCUUGGAUCCGCAUUCAGGAAGUAGCAUGUUGCAUCACCACGGUGCUGCAAGUGCGCUGGAGAGAAGAUGAGGUGGCGCUGAAUACGCUUGCUAAUUACACAUCCGCAGAGGCGACAGUCAACGCUGAACGCGCGGCUGCAGCCCGACGAGCGGCCCGUAACCGUCAAGCAAGGGCCCGGAGAGCGCAGGAACGCGUGGAGCAGCUUGGGGACGUGGAAUUUGCGUGGGCGUGCAGGCAGUUGUACGGUCCAGCAGCCAGCGAUGCGACAUCAUCAAUUCCGGCAGCAGUGCCUUUGCUAUUGGAGGCAACAGCAACAGUAGACCCUACACCAGUAGCAGCAGCCGUAGCAGUAGCAGAAGCAGCAACAUCAUCGGCAGCUGAGGCAGCACCACGAGUAGCAGUUGAGGUUGCACCCUUUUCAGCAACCACCGGAAUGGCGCCGCCGUCAUCACCGUCAUCACCAAAUCUCUCUCCCAGACGUCGGAGACAAGCGCAGCGGCAGGCCAGAGCACAUAUGCCCCCCGGCAGACAACAGAAUGGUAGAUCAGUGCCUUCUGCAGAGGAGCUGGAGCGUCGUCGCCAGCGACAACAGAAGGUUGCCAACCAGGCCGUCCUUACGAGAAAUAAAAAAAAGAAUAUUCUCGGUUAA